AUGCCUGUGCGGCUCGGCAGCCAUGGAGCACGCACUGCCCAUGGCCGCCGCCGCCGCCUGGUCUGGCUGCAGCGAGAGUCGCACGAGACGACAGGCCUCUUCGACCAAGGGAGUGACGACGGCGACCUCGUCGAGCAGAUCCUUCACCGCCAGGUCCAAGAGGCGAUGUUGCUGCAUCUCCUGGCACGGGCGCUGGGGCUCGACAUCGAAACUAUUAUAGCCUGUCUCCAAGAAGAAGCGCGCGGCGGCGGCGGGUUCGGUGCGGUCCCCGCGUCCGCCGCCGCCGUGGCCGGCCUGGAGAAGCAGACGUUUCACGGCACGGAAGGGUGCGGCGGCGAGUCGGAGUGUGCAAUCUGCUUGGAGGACUUUGAGGACGGCGAGGAGGUGAGCGUGAUGCCGUGCGCACACGGCCACGAGUUCCACACGAUCUGCAUCACCAAGUGGCUGGGGCGCAGCAACAUGUGCCCUCUCUGCCGCCAUCAACUGCCAACAGGCCGCGUGCAUGGCCACUGA